AUGGCAGUUGUCGUGAGCAGCGAUCCCGCAGGGAUCGCUACUAGAACGUUGCGCUACAAUGCCUUUCUCGCCAGUCACAGCGUCUCGCGCCGGGAAGCGCGUUUCGCACCGCGCGGCAGUAGACCUUUCUGCGGAAUAUCCGCAAAUGCAUCAGCGGCGGCAGCGCGAGCCGUGCACAGCCCGUGCAGCCAGCCCCAUGCCCACCAGCCCAACCUCUCCGCCGCAUCGAGCCCGUCCCGUCCCGACCGAUGGCUGAUCGGCAGCGCGCAAUCCGCCGCCGAGUCGCCGUUCGUGGAGGUGAGGGACGCGCGGCCGUGGGACUGGCGGAUCGCGGAGAGCGGCAGCGGAGGAGCGCCACGCCGCGAGGAGGAGCCGUCGUCCGACGAGUGCCGAUCUCGAGCGCUUCCCGGAGUGGACGGUGCGCUGCAGCUGCUCGCUGACGCCGACGCAGCGAUGACGUCAGACGUAUCAGACGUAAACCCUGAGCCCUGCUUCGCUGUAGAUUCCGAGCGGGCUGCGGAAGGGGAAUCGAGUUGGAGCGAGCGACUCAGCUUGGCUUCAGAGGCCGGCGAGGACGACGAGGACGACAUUCCCGAGGUGGACAUCGCGGAUCGCCUUCCCGAGCUGCGCGAAAUGCUGGAGCUGCUGCGAGCUAAGGCGCAGAGCGGAGCGGCGCAGCAGCAGGGGCGGGCGCAAGCGAAAAAAGGGGCCCGCAGCGAGGGCCCUGGGAAUGUGUUUCUGGUGGGGACUGGGCCUGGCGACCCCGACCUCCUCACUCGUCAGUUCCCCACCCGCCCUUUCCUUCCCCCACUUCCCCCCACCUCCUUCCCCUCUCCCUCCCUCAACCCCUCUUCCCUACCCUCCCCCUCAACCCCUUUUACCCUCCGCUUCGCUCGCGCUGCUUUCAUGCUGCCCUGCAUCCUCAGCCGCGACUCAUCCACCAUACGCAGUCCCACUCCCGUGAAGGCGGUGCGCGCGCUUCAGUCGGCGGACCUCGUGCUCUACGACCGCCUCGUCUCGCCCGCCAUUCUGCGCCUGGCCGCGCCGUCCGCGCGGCUGCUGUACGUGGGGAAGGCGGCGGGGUACCACACGCGCACGCAGGCGGAGAUCCUGCACCUGCUGCUCGCCUUCGCGGAGGCGGGCGCCGUGGUGGUGCGCCUCAAGGGCGGCGACCCGCUGGUGUUCGGGCGGGGCGGCGAGGAGAUGGAGCACCUGCAGGCGCACGGCAUCCGCGUGCACAUCGUGCCCGGCAUCACCGCCGCCUCUGGCAUCGCUGCUGAACUUGGCGUGCCUCUCACCCACCGCGGCGUCGCCAACAGUGUGCGGUUCCUUACGGGGCACAAGCGCAAGGGAGGCGGCGACCCCCUGUAUGCCGCCAGCACAGCGGCGGACCCCGACGCCACCCUCGUGGUCUACAUGGGCCUCGCCACGCUGCCCAGCCUUGCCGCCCGCCUGCUGGCCAAUGGGCUGCCGGCUGACACUCCUGCUGUGGCGGUGGAGCGAGGCACCACCGCUGCUCAGCGCACUGUGUUUGCCACGCUGGAGGAUCUGCCAGCAGCCGUGUCAGCGGCUCAACUCGUGUCACCCACGCUCAUUGUCAUCGGCCAGGUGGUGUGGGUGGGCUUCGACUGGCUGCACAUGAGCCGCUCGUCGCGGCGACACGUGCUGCUCGUCGCCUACUCCACCGGCUUCCACGUGUGGGACCUGCAGGCCACCUCCUCGCCACCCUGCACCCGCGCUGCCGGUAGCAGCGCCAAUGCCAGGGGGGACAACCGCGGAAGCACUAGCAGUGGUGGUGGCAGCGAUAGCGCUAUGGCUCCAUCACCCUCUCAGCUUGUGUCGUGGCGUGGCGAGCUCGUGUCCAUGCUGUGCGCCGUGCCACACCCCACCGUGCCGCAUCCGCUCAUGCAGUCGCCGCCAACCACCCCAGAAUCCACGGCUAUGCAAUCCACAGGCGACCACGAGACGGAUGGCAACGACGGCUGCGACAGGUUUGCCGCGUGCCGACCCCUCGUGUGCGUCGUCUUCCCUGCUUCCAGCAACCAUUGUGCGUGCAGCGAGCAGGCAGGCGGCAUGGAGGAAACGGGGGGCGAAGUGGAGGGGGUGGAUCACGAGGCAAGGCGUGGUGGGGUGAAGGAAGAGGGCGUGGGAUGGAUGCCAGGGGAGUGCGAGUGGGAGUAUUGCAGAGGGGUGGGGGGAGAAGUGAGUGGCAGCGUUGGUUCCGACUUGGAGCGAGUGCAGCAGGGGGGCAGUGAUGAUGCACAGGGGGGCGAGCAGGGAUGUGAGGCAAAGCAGGAGCAGGAAGAAGCGUCAGAGGGGGAACAACGUUGCAUGGAGAGGAGACAAGAACAGCUAGCAAGGCAUCGAAGGGAGCAGGAGGGGGGUGCAUUGGGGUGUGGGAGGUGCAAUGGAGUGGCGCACACAAGCAGAGGGAGCAGGGCAGGGAGUGCUGCAGGCAGUGACGGUAUGAACCCGCGAGUGGUGGGGGUGACACGAGUGGCGCUGUACUCACUGCGACAGCACGCCAUGGUGGGCAGCGUAGAAGUGGAAGGAACAGUGGUGGGCGUGCGGGCGAGUGGCAGGGCGAUAGUGGUGGUGCAGAGGGAGCAGCUCUUCUGCUACAGCCCCACCGCCCUCACCCCCACCUUCUCCCUCCUCACACACCCCAUCCCUCACGCGCUCCUCCCACCAUCUCUCGCCGAUCGCCCCUCACCUGAGCACUCCAAAAACCUUUCCACAUCGGGAUCUUCGCACCCCUCCACGUCCGCCUCAACUGCAGACGCCAACAGUCUCCCGCCCACCUCCAUUCCUCUAGCUCUGGGCCCGCGCUGGCUGGCCUACGCUGCCCCACACACUCCCUCCUUGCCAUCACGCUCCCCCACCCUCCUCCACUCCACGCUCUCCCCGCUUCGCCCCGCGCCAAUGCUCGCUCCCUCUCACCCGCACAUCAUGGUGCAUGACCUUGUUUCCCGCCAGCCAAUCGCGUGCUUCCCUGCCCUCGAAGCAUCACCCCUCGCAGUGUUGCAGUUCGACCCGCUGGGCGUGCUGCUGGCGGCGGCCUCCCUGCACGGCACCACGGUGGGCGUGUGGCGCAUUGACGGCCGCCCCAGGGGGUGGCAGCAGCAGCAACAGCAGUGGGGGGAUGGGUCGCUUGCAGGGGAGGGGGGAGCAGUGUUGCUGUACCGGCUGCAGCGUGGGCUCACACACUCGGUCCCUCGAGCCAUUGCCUUCUCCCCCGACUCCUCACUGCUCGCCCUGCUCUCCACCCACGGCACCUCGCACCUCUUCCCCAUCCACCCCUUCGCCUCGCCCCUCUCGCCCACUUUGAAGCAGCCGGACGGCCAGGCCUCCUCCCCCACGUCCUCUCUCCACCUCCCCUCCCCUCCUCUUUCUCCCACCAGUAACGCACCUUCUCCCCACCCAUUGUCGGCUCCUCUCUCAUCUGACCGCUUUCAAUCCCAUGCUCACCAGCCCCCCACCCCUCACCUCUCACUGCCGCGCUCCUUCAACCAGCCAGCCCGCUGCCCUCUCUCCAUAUCGCGCCUCCUUGGUCUGUCCCUGGAACCACCCCCGGCUGCUCCCACGCUUGCUCCCUGCAUGCGCAUCAGAGGCAGCAUGCUCAGCCUAUGGGGGCCGACAGUGGGCUGUACGGGUGCUGCAGGCGUUGUGGGGGCAUUGGAGGGGGUGGCUGCUGCACUCAAUGCUGCUGUGAGCAGACGUGCAUUCGCUAGUACCGCUGCUGCUAUCAGCUUCGCACAGUGGGCACACCGGGAGGAAUCUACAUUUGACACUGAUUCUGGUGGAAGUGCAGGAGCGGAGAGAUCAGGAGGGAAUGGGUGCACUGCGAGUGUGCCGCCGCAGCGAUGCGCUUGUGCUGCAGGAAGAGAGGAGUUCAACGAUCAAGUUGCCAAGGCUGGCGAUAAGCUGGUGGUGCUGGACAUCUCGACGCGGACGUGCGGGCCGUGCAAGUUCAUCUUCCCCAAGGUGGUGGAGCUCAGCCUCGAGCACCCCAACGCCGUCUUCCUCAAGAUCAACGGCGACCACGACGACAGCACCAAGGCGCUGAUGCGCGAGUGGGGCGUGCGGGCGGUGCCCAACUUCCGUUUCUUCCGCGGAGGCGAGUUGGUGCACAGCCACACGGGCGCCAAGAUCGAGGACCUCAAAGACAACCUCGCCAAGUUCCUCUGA